AUGCCGAAUUAUGCAAAAUUCCUUAAGGAAAUCUUGAGUGGUAGGAGAACAUGUUAUAUGGCGAAAACGGUUAGUUUGACCGAAAAUUAUAGUGCUAUCAUAAUGAACAAGAUGUCGCCUAAGUUGAAGGAUCCCGAAUAUUUUUCCAUCCCUUGUGCUAUUAACAAGACACAAAUUGAUAAUGCCUUGUGUGACCUAGAAGCUAGUGUUAACCUUAUGCCAUACUCGGUCUAUCAAAGACUUGAGCUAGGAGAACUUUCACCUACCAACAUUACCUUACAAUUAGCUGAUAGGUCCAUUAAAAUCCCAAAAGGUAAGGUUGAGGAUGUUCCCUUAAGGGUUGGGAAAUUUGUGAUCCCGGUAGAUUUUGUUGUGCUUGAUAUGGACAAAGAUUCCAAUAUCCCCAUCAUUCUUGGUAGACCAUUCCUUGCAACAUCGGAAGAUUUGAUUGAUAUAAAGAGUGCUAAAAUUUCUUUAAAGGUAAUGGAAGAAGAGAUUGAGUUUGAUUCAAAUGAGAGUAUGCAAUACCCUUAUUCUUCUUUAGAGGAUUGUAUGAGAAUCAAAAUUUUAGAUGAUAUUGUGAAUUCCAUGAAAGAGCACUUUCUCGCCUCUCAUGAUCCUCUUGAGUAUGUUUUGUUGAACAAAGAAGAGAUAGGUGAGCAUGGCAAAGAAACAACUUUCCUUAAAAGAGUCAUUGAUGAGUGCUUGGAAGGAAGUGAUGAACAAUUGUGCAUGAAGAUCUCAAGCCAAGAAGCUUUGCAGGCGGCUUAA